AUGGCCGCUCCGUCGAUUCAUGCAUCACUGAAGCCUAGCUUUGCCCCGUCUCCUGGCACCACGGAGCCCAAAGCUAUCCAAGAUGUCAUCUCGGCACUCUCGAUGAUCCCGCACAUAGAGGGAGGCUACUUUGCAGAAACCGAUCGGGACCGCCUCAUUAUCCCCUCGCCCUUUCCCCAGGACACGUCUUACUCCUCGGAAGCCGCCCAAUUGGUUCCCCAGCGCGAAGGGUUUGAUCCUCGCUAUCGAAAUGCUAGCACAACCAUCUACUAUCUUCUGACGCCCUCGAGUCCGCAAGGCAAUUUCCAUCGCAACCGUGCCAGGACUGUACACACGCUACACCGUGGACGUGGCGUAUAUGUUUUGAUCCACGCCGACGAGGACGGCGAUCAAGAGGGCCGUAAAAGGAUAGAGUCGUUCGUGGUAGGACCGGAUGUUAGCAAAGGAGAGCGUCUGCAAUGGAUCGUCGAGGGCGGCAAGUACAAGGCAAGCUUCUUACUGCCUGACGCCCGUUCUGACGGCGAAAGCGAGGGGCUCUUGAUCACUGAGACGGUAGUGCCAGGCUUCGAGUACUGCGAUCAUGAUUUCCUGAGGAGGGGAGGACUAGAGAAGCUAGUUGGGAAGGAGCAGGCUGAAAACUUGAGCUGGUUGGUGCGAAACGAUUGA